UAAACUUUUACAAAAGUUAGAACGAUUUAAAAAUUAAUUUUCAAACAAAGGUAGGAUUGCAGCUUUCAAAGAUGGCAAAUUAUUGUUUACGUAACGAAACUACAGUUUCGACUUCCGACGUUAAAAUUAUUAAAAUCCGGUCAUUAUAAAUAACAUUCGUAAUUUCUACUUUACAUUUUUAAUUCCCUGGCAUUCACUCAAUGAUCAGUAAUUCAAAUCUGUAAUCAUGUUGGUCUUAUUUUUUCUGAUUUUACUUUUAAAUUUCGUAUUUAUUUUCUGUAACAAAUGCUGCUCAAUCGAUUUAAGAGCUCCUCCGGGAUUUACUUUAGUGAAAUUUAAUGCUAGAUCGUUGAAGAACGUUGUAGCAAGAAAAGAAGUUGCAAGUAUGGAAAAAUGUAAAGAAUUUGCAGAAUCUAAAAAAGGUCUUGCUUUCAAUUUUGGUCGGGAGAACUUCACUGAGAGUUCAAGCAUAGAGGACGAUUUAUACAAUUCAAAUUGCAUAGUUUUAGAUUGUCCUGAAAUCCACAAUUUCACAGCUCUUCAGAAUGCAACAGGAAUGAAAUAUUACAGUUCCUAUCCUUAUUGGUUGUGGAACAAUAAUAACUUAACAAAUGGAAGCAUAUCUUGUGUCCCCAGAGUGGGUUUAUUUAUGUUCUUUGAGGAUCGUCUGAAUUUUACCGACGCAAGACUCUCUUGCCAAAACUUAAAUGGAACCCUUGCACACGUGAUUAGUGAAGAACGAACCGAAGGUUUAGCAAAAUUCAUUGGUAAUUCACCCACGUAUGUUGGGUUGAGUAGCCAAGGCGAGAAACGAAAUUGGAAAAAUGAAAUCGACGAACCACUGGAAUGUUUCGAUUAUCGAGCCUGGGACAGAGGAGAACCAACGAAUUCACGAGGCUGUGUAGUUUUGUUUCGUAAAAACUUAAGAGCAAUACCAAUAUGGAGAGUUUUGCCCUGUAAACUUUCAUUUCCUUACAUCUGCGAAAUUCCACCCACAAAAGUGACAAAACAUCAUAGGAAAAAUAAAAAACCCAACUAAAA